AUUUUUCCAGUGAACCCAAUCCAAUAUAUAUGCACGUAUCCUGCAGAGUGCAACCCCAGCUGGGAAAUUCUCAUGCCAAGAAGGCCGCGCCUCGGCAUCCCGGAAGCUCGGAACGGCGGGGCAAUCGGGUAUAUCUUCAACCGGAUCAUCACCACCAGGGAAACCUCAGUUUGCGCUGCUGCCUGUCUGUCCCCUCUUCAGAUUAGAUCCCUCAAAGACCCUUCGACAGACGGAAUCGCUCCUUCUGCAUAUACUCCAGCUAUCGAAUUAUUGUACGGCCCUCAUUGCCCCUCUCAAUCGUGUGCUGCAGUCCCUAACACUCCGCCGCCACAGCCUCGCUACGUCAGAACUCAACCCCGCAGCCACCACCACCACCACCACCACCAUGCCUCCCCCGCCUCCUCAGCUCCCCGAACACCAGACCCUGGUCUACUUCACCGUCGACGGCCACGAUGUGAAGAUGGACUACUACCUCCCGCCCAAUGCCAGCGGAAAUCUGCCCGCCAUCAUCUACUACCACGGUGGCGGGAUGACCGCGGGGUCGCGGCGGGGUAUGGGCUUCCCGCGCUGGCUGUACAACCACUGCCAACAAAAGAACUACAUCUUUAUCGCGGCGGACUACCGCCUCUGCCACCCAACCACAGCACUCGACCAAAUCGAAGACGCGAAAGCACUCUUCAGAUACCUGUCCAACGACUUCCAGACCAUCCUCCCCGAAACCACCACCCUCGACACGACCCGCAUCGCCGUGACGGGCUUCUCAGCAGGCGGCUACUCCGCACGCGCCGCCUGCGUGUACGCCUCCCCCAAGCCGGCCGCAAUGCUAACCGGCUUCGGCAGCGCCGGCGACUGGCUCCUCGACCACUGGACGCGGGGACGCCCCCCCACCUCCAUCGCAGGCCGAGUCAACCUCGACGACAUUCCCCGCCUCUUGGCCGACAAAACCGUCGUGAGCGACGACAUGCCCGCGCCGGGGGGGAUGAUGAGCAACCGGUUCGCGCUGACGGUGCGGUGGGAGCUCGACGGGACGUUCCUGGAUGGCUGUCUGGGUCGGCCUGGGCUCGGGGCGGAGCUGGAUAAGGUGGAGUAUGCGCAGCGGGCGGACAAAUUGCCCGAGGACCUGAAGCCCGGGUUCUUGCAGCUGUUUGUCGAUGAGAAGUACCCGCCUUCGGUGUUUGUCCACGGGACGGCGGAUGAGGUGGUGCCCGAUCAGGAGAGCAAGAAUCACCACGAGCAGUUGAAGGCCCUGGGAGUCAAGACGGAGUUGUUGUUGGUUCCCGGCGGGAAUCACGGUCUGGUCGACUUCAGUGCGGGCUUUCCACCCAAGCCGUUCCCGGGCUCCGUGGAGGCGUAUGCGAGGGGUUUGGAGUUUAUUGAGGAGGCUUUUGCGGCGGUUUAGAGGAGGGGGUGGAUGGGCUUAUUUUUUCGAGCCAUUUGCACUGGAAUACAAACAUAGAUAGAUAUAUGAGAGUAAACAGUUAGAUCCGAGAAACUCGUCAUGACAACAAUAACAGAGACUCGUUUGUAGGCCAUUCUGUCCUCUCCAUACCAGUUGCACGGGAG